CUCUUUUUUUUUCCUUCUGAAUUCGCGGCCGAGAAAGUGAGGAAAUUGAGAUCUCAGAGCUUCUGCUGAAGAACUUCGCAAUUCACCAAUCAAUUUUUGAGCUUUUAGGACCGAACACUGUCAAUGUCUAAGAAGUUUCACAUAGGAGCAAAUCCAUGUCGCAUCUGAUGGAAUCAGAAAUUGGUUAGCUCUCCACAUUUUCGCUUCUCUUUUGAGGUUUUGUGAGAUAAGCAAAAUGGCUUCUGCGAAAGGAAAGGGUCAACCUUCGAUUAAACAUAGCUGCAACUUCUCUGAGUCUAAGAGGAAGCUGUCGAGGAUCAGUGAUCACGAACAUGAUCUUGAGUAUCCUUAUACUUCCCAGAGGCACACCAGAUCUUCAAAGUUGAGUCAAAUGUUGAGCAGAGAUGCAUUGAUAUCAGCUGUUGACUUGAUGUGGGAUCGCUCCGAUUCUAAUUUGACCAGCUCACUCAAGGAUAGAGACGAAGAAGUCACUAAGUUCGAACUCUCAGCGGAACAAAAGGGUAAUAAUAAUAUGUCUCAGUUGGUGAGAGUUUCUGAGAAGAUGUGCUAUACUCAAAACUAUAUGCAGUCUCUCUUUAUUGGAGCCAAACAUAACGGUUUUCCCUUGGAGGGUGUAGUAGCUCCCACUGUUACCAGGUUUCAUGAGGGAGAUGCUGAGAUUGAGAAGAAAGAAAGUUGCACUUCAGGAAAUGUCAAUGAGGGCCACUCAAAUCCAAUUGAGUCAAGGAGUCCUCUGUUAGGAAGCAUAACAGAACCAUCCAGAUCUAUGGAUGCGAACUCUCUCUUUCUACUCUACAAAGAUAGGUGUGCCAAUAGUAGAGGAGUGAAUCCUUCUAAGAUGUCUUCUUGUUCAGGGAAUAAUCCACACAAAGACAGCUUAUCUGUGUUUGGAAAUAAAGAGUUGCUUGAGAGAGAUAGAAAAGACCAAGAGGAUGAAGUUUGUUCGUCCUCUAAAGAAACGCCUACUUACGCCUUUGCUGGUGCGUUGGCUGGCGUCAGCGUCAGUCUUUGUCUUCAUCCACUUGAUACAGUCAAGACAAUGAUUCAGUCAUGCCGCUUGCAAGACAAGUCUCUAUGCUAUACCGGGAGAUCAAUCAUAUCUGAAAGAGGUGUUUCUGGACUUUAUCGUGGGAUUGCUAGCAACAUUGCCUCAUCAGCUCCUAUCUCUGCCCUUUAUACAUUCACUUAUGAGUCAGUUAAAGGAGCUCUUCUCCCUGUUUUUCCUAAGGAAUAUUGCUCCCUUGCGCACUGUGUAGCCGGGGGUUCCGCAAGCGUUGCAACUUCUUUUAUCUUCACGCCAAGUGAGCGUAUUAAACAGCAGAUGCAAGUCAGUUCACAUUAUCGCAAUUGCUGGACUGCAUUAGUUGGAAUCAUCCAGAAAGGUGGUCUACUUUCUUUAUAUGCUGGAUGGAGUGCAGUGCUAUGUAGAAAUAUCCCCCACUCGAUCAUUAAGUUCUAUGUUUAUGAAAACAUGAAGCGAAUGGCAUUACCAUCCAUUGGUCCUUGUGGUCAAGCGGCUCAACCCACAACAUUGCAAACGCUCGUCUGUGGAGGACUAGCGGGAUCUGCUGCUGCCUUUUUCACAACCCCAUUUGAUGUAGUGAAAACAAGAUUACAAACUCAGAUUCCUGGAUCUAAGAUCCAACAUCCUAGUGUGUAUCAAGCUCUUCAAUCAAUACGGAAACAAGAAGGUCCACGAGGGCUAUACAGAGGUUUGAUCCCCAGAUUGGUGAUGUACAUGUCCCAAGGAGCUAUAUUCUUUGCUUCAUAUGAAUUUUACAAGAGUAUACUCUCUCUAGAAGAUCUAUCAGCUCGCUGGCACAAAACAAGAGGUGGAGAUAACCCUAACCCAUUAUAGGAAAAGACUGUAGCACGUGUAAUACUUUAAUCAUUACCAUUUUUGGGCUAUGUAAACUAUUGAUUUGAUGAAAAUUCAUUUGUGCAAAGUAUUUGUUGACCGUAGAGAGAAAAGAGGAAGAUGAUCUCAUUAUUCA